AUGAUGGUGCACUGUGCCGGCUGUGAGCGGCCCAUCCUCGACCGCUUUCUGCUGAACGUGCUGGACCGCGCGUGGCAUAUCAAAUGUGUUCAAUGCUGCGAGUGCAAAACCAACCUCUCAGAGAAGUGCUUCUCCCGGGAGGGCAAGCUGUACUGUAAAAACGACUUCUUCAGGCGCUUUGGCACGAAGUGCGCCGGCUGUGCGCAAGGCAUCUCUCCCAGCGACCUGGUGCGCAAGGCCCGGAGCAAAGUCUUCCACCUCAACUGCUUCACCUGCAUGGUGUGCAACAAACAGCUGUCCACGGGAGAGGAACUCUACGUGAUCGACGAAAACAAGUUUGUGUGCAAAGAAGACUACCUGAGCUCCUCUAGCCUCAAGGAGGGAAGCCUCAACUCAGUGUCAUCCUGUACGGACCGCAGUUUGUCCCCGGACCUCCAGGACCCGUUACAGGACGACCCCAAAGAGACCGACAACUCGACCUCAUCGGACAAGGAGACCGCGAACAACGAGAACGAGGAACAGAACUCCGGCACCAAGCGGCGCGGCCCGCGCACCACCAUCAAAGCCAAGCAGCUGGAGACGCUCAAGGCGGCCUUCGCGGCCACGCCCAAGCCCACGCGCCACAUCCGCGAACAGCUGGCCCAGGAAACCGGCCUCAACAUGAGGGUCAUUCAGGUGUGGUUUCAGAACCGAAGGUCCAAAGAACGUCGCAUGAAACAGCUGAGCGCUCUGGGAGCCCGGAGACACGCCUUCUUCCGGAGUCCGCGGCGCAUGCGUCCCCUGGGCGGCCGCUUGGACGAGUCUGAGAUGUUGGGGUCUACCCCGUACACUUACUACGGAGACUACCAAAGCGACUACUACGCCCCGGGAGGCAACUACGACUUCUUCGCGCACGGCCCGCCCUCGCAGGCUCAGUCCCCAGCCGACUCAAGCUUCCUGGCAGCGUCGGGACCCGGCUCGACACCGCUGGGCGCGCUGGAACCGCCUCUGGCCGGGCCGCACGGCGCGGACAACCCCAGGUUCACCGACAUGAUCUCGCACCCGGACACGCCCAGCCCCGAGCCCGGCCUGCCCGGCGCGCUGCACCCCAUGCCUGGAGAGGUGUUCAGCGGCGGGCCCAGCCCGCCCUUCCCCAUGAGCGGCACCAGCGGCUACAGCGGACCCCUGUCGCAUCCCAACCCCGAGCUCAACGAGGCGGCCGUCUGGUAA